GAGCGCACGUCGGCCUUGCGCUUCAGUAGUGCCUCGGCCGCUGGAGGGAGCGCAGGGGUGCGGGGCGCAGGGCGCGGGCGAGGCUGCGGGCACAGAGCAGGAACUAGCCGAGUAGUGAAGCGGGGGCCGGGGGCCGCGGGCCGCUUGAGUCCAGCGCCGCCCUCCAGUCAGGAAGGAAAAGGCAGCAGCGGACCCCGCCGCCCGUGGGACCGUCCGAAGCGCGCGCGUGCGGCCCCACCCCGCCGGCCGGCACCGGAGGCCGCCACCCGGGCGCCGCGGGCAGCGGGCGGGCAGGCAUGCCGCCGCUCCUGUCGCCCCUGCUCUGCCUGGCGCUGCUGCCCGCGCUCGCCGCACGAGGCCCACGGUGUUCGCAGCCCGGCGAGACCUGCCUGAACGGCGGGAAGUGUGAAGCGUUCUCCAAUGGCACCGAGGCCUGUGUCUGCAGCAGUGCCUUUGCAGGCCAUCGAUGCCAGGCACCCAACCCAUGCCUUAGUGCACCCUGCAAAAAUGCAGGCACCUGCCACGCCAUGGACCAUGGAGGCCUGGUGGACUACACUUGCAGCUGCCGUGUGGGCUUCUCUGGGCCCCUCUGCCUGAUGCCCCAAGACAAUGCCUGCCUGACCAAUCCUUGUCGCAAUGGCGGCACCUGUGACCUGCUCACACUCACUGACUACAAGUGCCGGUGCCCACCAGGCUGGUCAGGGAAGACAUGCCAGCAGGCAGAUGCGUGUGCCUCUAACCCCUGCGCCAAUGGGGGCCAGUGCCUGCCCUUCGAAUCCUCGUUCAUCUGCAGCUGUCCAACUGGCUUCCACGGCCCCACCUGCCGGCAAGACAUCAAUGAGUGUGGCCAGACCCCCGGGCCCUGCCGCAAUGGUGGCACCUGCUACAACGAGGUGGGCUCCUUCCGCUGUGCCUGCCGGCCCACCCACACCGGCCCCCACUGUGAACUGCCCUAUGUGCCCUGCAGCCCCUCACCCUGCCAGAAUGGAGGCACCUGCCGGCCCACAGGGGACACCACCCACGAGUGCACCUGCCUGCCAGGCUUCACUGGCCAGAACUGCGAGGAGAACAUUGACGAUUGUCCUGGGAACAAUUGUAAGAAUGGGGGCGCCUGCGUGGAUGGUGUCAAUACCUACAAUUGCCGCUGCCCACCAGAAUGGACAGGUCAGUACUGCACUGAGGAUGUGGAUGAGUGCCAGCUGAUGCCCAACUCCUGUCAGAAUGGUGGCACCUGCCACAACACCCAUGGUGGUUACAACUGUGUGUGCGUCAAUGGCUGGACGGGCGAGGACUGCAGCGAGAAUAUCGAUGACUGCGCCAGCGCUGCCUGCUUCCAUGGCGCCACCUGCCAUGACCGUGUGGCCUCCUUCUAUUGCGAGUGUCCACACGGCCGCACCGGCCUGCUGUGCCACCUCAAUGAUGCCUGCAUCAGUAACCCCUGCAACGAGGGCUCCAACUGUGAUACCAACCCCGUCAAUGGCAAGGCCAUCUGCACCUGCCCCUCAGGCUACACGGGACCUGCCUGCAGCCAGGAUGUAGACGAGUGCUCGCUGGGUGCCAACCCCUGUGAGCACGCAGGCAAAUGCAUCAACACCCUGGGCUCCUUCGAGUGCCAGUGUCUACAGGGCUACACGGGUCCCCGCUGCGAGAUUGACGUCAACGAGUGUGUCUCCAACCCAUGUCAGAAUGACGCCACCUGCCUGGACCAGAUUGGGGAGUUCCAGUGUAUCUGCAUGCCUGGUUAUGAGGGUGUGCACUGUGAGGUGAACACGGACGAGUGUGCCAGCAGCCCCUGCCUGCAGAAUGGCCGCUGUGUGGACAAGAUUAAUGAGUUCCACUGCGAGUGCCCCACAGGCUUCACUGGGCACCUAUGCCAGUAUGAUGUGGAUGAGUGUGCCAGCACGCCUUGCAAGAAUGGUGCCAAGUGCCUCGACGGGCCCAACACCUACAGCUGUGUGUGCACAGAAGGCUAUACAGGGCCCCACUGUGAAGUGGACAUCAACGAGUGUGACCCCGACCCCUGCCACUAUGGGUCCUGCAAGGAUGGGGUGGCCACCUUCACCUGCCUGUGCCGGCCUGGCUACACUGGCCAUCACUGCGAGACCAACAUCAACGAGUGCCAUAGCCAACCCUGCCGCCACGGGGGCACCUGCCAGGAUCGCGACAAUGCUUACCUGUGCUUCUGCCUGAAGGGGACCACAGGCCCCAACUGUGAGAUCAACCUGGAUGACUGUGCCAGCAACCCCUGUGAUGCUGGCACCUGUGUAGACAAGAUUGAUGGCUAUGAGUGUGCGUGUGAGCCAGGCUAUACAGGGAGUAUGUGUAACAUAAACAUUGACGAGUGUGCAGGCAACCCCUGCCACAACGGAGGCACCUGCGAAGAUGGUAUCAACAGCUUCACCUGCCGCUGCCCUGAGGGCUACCACGACCCCACGUGCCUGUCUGAGGUCAACGAGUGCAGCAGCAACCCCUGCAUCCACGGUGUCUGCAAGGACAGCCUCAAUGGAUACAAGUGUGACUGCGACCCAGGCUGGAGUGGAGCCAACUGUGAUGUUAACAACAAUGAGUGUGAGUCCAACCCCUGUGCCAACGGUGGGACCUGCCGGGACAUGACCAGCGGCUAUGUGUGCACAUGCCGGGAGGGCUUCAGCGGCCCCAACUGCCAGACCAACAUCAAUGAAUGUGCCUCCAACCCAUGUCUGAACCAGGGCACCUGCAUCGAUGACGUGGCGGGGUACAAGUGCAACUGCCCUCUGCCCUACACAGGAGCCACAUGUGAGGUGCUGUUGGCCCCAUGUGCCCCCGACCCCUGCAGAAAUGGUGGCCAGUGCCAGGAGUCCGAGGACUAUGAGAGCUUUUCCUGUGUGUGCCCUGCAGGCUGGCAAGGGCAAACCUGUGACGUGGACAUCAAUGAGUGUGUCAAGAGCCCCUGCCGCCAUGCCGCCUCCUGCCAGAAUACCAAUGGCGGCUACCGCUGCCACUGCCUGGCCGGCUACACAGGGCGCAACUGUGAGACGGACAUCGACGACUGUAGGCCCAACCCCUGCCACAAUGGCGGCUCCUGCACUGAUGGCAUAAACACGGCCUUCUGCGACUGCCUGCCUGGCUUCCAGGGUGCCUUCUGUGAGGAGGACAUCAACGAAUGUGCCAGUAACCCCUGCCGCAAUGGUGCCAACUGCACUGACUGUGUGGACAGCUAUACCUGCACCUGCCCCCUGGGCUUUAGCGGCAUACACUGUGAGAACAACACGCCCGACUGCACGGAAAGCUCCUGCUUCAAUGGUGGCACCUGUGUGGAUGGCAUCAACUCUUUCACAUGCCUGUGCCCACCUGGCUUCACGGGCAGCUACUGCCAGCAUGACAUCAAUGAGUGUGACUCCAGGCCCUGUCUGCAUGGUGGAACCUGCCAGGAUAGCUAUGGCACCUACAAGUGCACCUGUCCGCAGGGCUACACUGGCCUCAAUUGCCAGAAUCUUGUGCGCUGGUGUGACUCCUCACCCUGCAAGAAUGGCGGCAAGUGCUGGCAGACCAAAACGCUGUACCGCUGUGAGUGCCCCGGAGGCUGGACUGGCCUCUACUGUGAUGUGCCCAGCGUGUCCUGUGAGGAGGCUGCGCAGCAGCGAGCCAUCAAUGUCACCCAGCUGUGCCGGAAUGGUGGGCUCUGCAUGAAUGCUGGCAACACACACCACUGCCGCUGUCAGGCUGGCUACACAGGCAGCUACUGCGAGGACCAGGUGGAUGAGUGCUCCCCCAGCCCCUGCCAGAACGGAGCUACCUGCACUGACUACCCUGGUGGCUAUUCCUGCGAGUGUGUUGCCGGCUACCACGGGGUGAACUGCUCCGAAGAGAUCAAUGAGUGCCUAUCCCACCCUUGCCAGAACGGCGGCACCUGCAUCGACCUCACUAAUACCUACAAGUGCUCCUGCCCCCGUGGCACACAGGGUGUGCACUGUGAGAUCAACGUGGAUGACUGUAACCCCCCUAUCGACCCCAUCUCUCGGGGCCCCAAGUGCUUCAACAACGGCACCUGUGUGGAUCAGGUGGGUGGCUACAGCUGCACCUGCCCACCGGGCUUCGUGGGUGAGCGCUGCGAGGGUGACGUCAACGAGUGCCUGUCUAAUCCCUGCGAUGCCCGAGGAACCCAGAACUGCGUGCAGCGCAUCAAUGACUUCCAUUGCGAGUGUCGCGCUGGCCACACGGGACGGCGCUGUGAGUCCAUCAUCAAUGGCUGCAAGGGCAGACCCUGCAAGAAUGGUGGCACCUGCGCCGUGGCUUCCAAUACAGCUCGAGGAUUCAUCUGCAAGUGUCCGGCGGGAUUCGAGGGCGCCACCUGUGAGAAUGACGCACGCACCUGCGGCAGCCUGCGCUGCCUCAACGGCGGCACCUGCAUCUCAGGACCUCGCAGCCCCACUUGCUUGUGCCUGGGCCCCUUCACUGGCCCUGAGUGUCAGUUCCCCACCAGCAGCCCCUGCCUUGGUAGCAACCCCUGCUACAACCAUGGUACCUGUGAGCCCACAACUGAGAGCCCCUUCUACCGCUGCCUGUGUCCCCCCAAGUUCAAUGGGCUUCUGUGCCACAUCCUGGAUUAUGGCUUUGGGGGCGGUGCCGGCCGAGACAUCCCCCCGCCACAGAUCGCUGAGGCCUGCGAGCAGCCCGAGUGCCAGCAGGAGGCGGGCAAUAAGGCCUGCGAUGUGCAGUGCAACAACCACGCCUGCGGCUGGGACGGUGGUGACUGCUCCCUCAACUUCAAUGACCCCUGGCAGAACUGCACGCAGUCCCUGCAGUGCUGGAAGUACUUCAGCGACGGCCGCUGCGACAGCCAGUGCAACACAGCUGGCUGCCUGUUCGACGGCUUCGACUGCCAGCACGUGGAGGGCCAGUGCAACCCCCUGUAUGACCAGUACUGCAAGGACCACUUCAGCGAUGGCCACUGCGACCAGGGCUGCAAUAGUGCCGAGUGUGAGUGGGAUGGACUAGACUGUGCGGAACAUGUGCCUGAGCGUCUGGCGUCUGGCACGCUAGUGGUGGUGGUGCUGAUGCCGCCUGAGCAGCUGCGCAACAACUCCUUCCACUUCCUGCGUGAGCUCAGCCGCCUGCUACACACCAACGUGGUCUUCAAGCGCGACGCCAAUGGCCAGCAUAUGAUCUUCCCCUACUAUGGCCACGAGGAGGAGCUGCGCAAACACCCCAUCAAGCGCUCUGCUGAUGGCUGGCCCACGCCCGCCGCCCUCCUGGGCCAGGUCAAGGCCGUACUGCUCCCAGCCACUGACGGCUCGCGCCACCGCCGGGAACUGGACCCCAUGGACAUCCGAGGGUCCAUCGUCUACCUGGAAAUUGACAACCGGCAGUGCGUGCAGUCCUCCUCACAGUGCUUCCAGAGCGCCACUGAUGUGGCCGCCUUCCUGGGUGCCCUGGCCUCACUGGGCAGCCUCAACAUCCCCUACAAGAUCGAGGCAGUGCAGAGUGAGACCGUGGAGCCGCCCCCGCCCCCACAGCUGCACUUCAUGUACGUGGCCGUGGCCGCCUUCGUGCUGCUCUGCUUCGUGGGCUGCGGGGUGUUGCUGUCCCGCAAGCGCCGGCGGCAGCAUGGCCAGCUCUGGUUUCCUGAGGGCUUCAAAGUGUCAGAGGCCAGCAAGAAGAAGAGGCGUGAGCCCCUGGGUGAAGACUCCGUGGGCCUCAAACCCCUAAAGAAUGCCUCUGAUGGAGCCCUCAUGGACGACAACCAGAAUGAGUGGGGAGAUGAGGACUUGGAGACCAAGAAGUUCCGGUUCGAGGAGCCUGUGGUUCUCCCCGAGUUGGAUGAUCAGACUGACCACCGGCAGUGGACCCAGCAGCACCUGGAUGCAGCUGACCUACGUGUGUCGGCCAUGGCCCCCACGCCACCCCAGGGUGAGGCUGACACCGACUGCAUGGAUGUCAACGUCCGAGGGCCAGAUGGCUUCACACCCCUCAUGAUCGCCUCCUGCAGUGGAGGGGGCCUGGAGACAGGCAACAGUGAGGAGGAGGAGGAUGCACCAGCAGUCAUCUCCGACUUCAUCUACCAGGGUGCCAGUCUGCACAACCAGACUGACCGCACUGGCGAGACAGCCCUGCACCUUGCUGCCCGCUACUCACGCUCAGAUGCGGCCAAGCGCCUCCUGGAGGCCAGCGCUGACGCCAACAUCCAGGACAACAUGGGCCGUACUCCGUUGCAUGCUGCUGUGUCAGCUGAUGCACAGGGCGUCUUCCAGAUCCUUAUCCGGAACCGAGCCACCGACCUGGAUGCCCGCAUGCAUGAUGGCACGACACCACUGAUCCUGGCGGCCCGCCUGGCGGUGGAGGGCAUGCUGGAAGACCUCAUCAACUCACAUGCCGAUGUCAAUGCUGUGGAUGACCUGGGCAAGUCUGCCCUGCACUGGGCAGCCGCUGUGAAUAAUGUGGAUGCCGCGGUCGUGCUAUUAAAGAAUGGUGCCAACAAGGACAUGCAGAACAACAAGGAGGAGACGCCCUUGUUCCUGGCAGCCCGAGAGGGCAGCUAUGAGACCGCCAAGGUGCUCCUGGAUCACUUCGCCAACCGGGACAUCACAGACCACAUGGACCGGCUGCCCCGCGACAUCGCGCAGGAGCGAAUGCACCAUGACAUCGUGCGGCUGUUGGAUGAGUACAGUUUGGUGCGCAGCCCCCCACUGCACGGCGCCCCCCUGGGUGGUGCACCCACUCUGUCGCCCCCGCUCUGCUCGCCCAAUGGCUACCUGGGCAACCUCAAGCCCUCUGUGCAGGGCAAAAAAGCCCGCAAGCCCAGCACCAAGGGCCUGGCCUGUGGCGGCAAGGAUGCCAAGGACCUGAAGGCACGGAGGAAGAAGUCCCAGGAUGGCAAGGGCUGCCUGCUCGACAGCUCGAGUGUGCUGUCGCCCGUGGACUCCCUUGAGUCGCCACACGGCUACCUGUCGGAUGUGGCCUCGCCUCCCCUCCUGCCCUCUCCCUUCCAGCCAUCCCCAUCCAUGCCUCUCAACCACCUGCCUGGCAUGCCCGAUGCCCACCUGGGCAUUGGCCACCUGAAUGUGGCCACAAAGCCUGAGAUGGCUGUGCUGGGCGGAAGUAGCCGGCUGCCCUUUGAGGCAGGGCCACCACGCCUCUCGCACCUGCCCGUGGCCUCUGGUACCAGCACAGUCCUGGGUGCCAGCAGUAAUGGGGCCAUGAAUUUUACCAUGGGGGGCACCACAGCAUUGAACAGCCAGUGUGAAUGGCUGUCCCGGCUGCAGAACGGCCUGGUGCCAAACCAGUACAACCCGUUGCGUGGAGGAGUGACGCCGGGCACCCUGGGCACGCAGACGCCUACGCUUCAGCACAGCAUGAUGGGCCCUCUGCACAGCAGCCUCUCUGCCACUGCCCUGUCCCAGAUGAUGAGCUACCAGGCCCUGCCCAACACACGGCUGGCCACCCAGCCUCAUCUGGUGCAGACCCAGCAGCUUCAGCAAGUGCAGCCGCAGCCACAGCCGCAGCCGACACAGCAGCCGAGCCUACAGAUGCCGCAGCAAAGCCUGCAGCCUCCUGGUGGCAUCCAGCCGCAGCCGAGCCUGCCACCCCCGCAGCCACACCUCAGCAUCACACCAGCCACCAAUGGCCACCUGGGCCGGAGCUUCCUGGGAGGAGAGCCCAGCCAGGCAGAUGUGCAGCCCCUGGGUACCAGCAGCCUAGCAGUGCACACCAUCCUGCCGCAGGACAGCCAGGUCCUACCCACGUCACUGCCCUCUUCCCUGGCCCCACCCAUGACCACUGCCCAGUUCCUGACCCCACCCUCGCAGCACAGCUACUCCUCCACAUCGGUGGACAACACCCCCAGCCACCAGCUGCAGGUGCCCGAGCACCCCUUCCUCACCCCGUCCCCCGAGUCCCCCGACCAGUGGUCCAGCUCCUCGCCGCAUUCCAACAUCUCCGACUGGUCUGAGGGCAUCUCCAGUCCACCUACCAGCAUGCAGUCCCAGAUCACCCACAUUUCUGAGGCCUUUAAGUAAACAGCAGAGCCCCGCAGGACCAGCUUCUGUCCCCAGGCUCUGUGGGGCAAGUGUGUAUAACCUGUGUACUCCAGGCCGACCAAAGGAGUGCUCUCUGUUUGUUUUUUCUUUUUGUUUUUUAAGAAUCCUGUUUUUAUACAAUAAGAGGACAAUUUUUUUUAGUAUUUAUUUAUGUACUUUUAUUUUACAUGGAAAAACUGCCUUUUUUAUUUAUAUGUAUUGUUUUCUAUGGCUUCAGAUAGAAACUUUUUAUCUGUUCCAAGAAAAUCAGUUCUCAGUUGUAGUAACUUUGUUGCUUAGGAUAAUGAUCCUGUCUUUGAAAAAAUAUAAACAAAGAUUCGUGAUUUCUAAAGGCCAUUUAUUUAUUGAUUUCUGUUUUCUUGAAAUCCAACAAGAAAUGUUGGAGGAGGGAGGUUGGAACCAGCAUUGUCCAAAGAGCUCCUGGGAUACGCAGGCAGCUCCAGCUUCCCCAGACCCCCCUAACCCCACACCCACUCUCAGCAUCACCAGGCAAAAGAAGAGACGGAACUCUCACACUUCUGGCCCAUGGCUGAGUUCACUUCUCAAAGAGGAAAGUGAAAUGAUACUGUUUUAUAUGUGUUUUUUUUUUUUUUUUAAUUAUUAUCAACAAGGUUUUGGAGGCAUGUUUUUUUUUUUUUUUAAAUAAGUGUUCUUAAGGUGUCCCCAAGAGCACAUUCCAUGGUACCAAUCAUGAAUCUUUGUUUCAGGUUCAGUAUUAUAUAGUUGUUUAUUGGUCUUGCAAGUUCUUGUUUCUCCUAGAAGCUCCUCUGUCCUCAUCCCACCCACCCCCCAGCAGCCUGUCUCGAAACUGAAGCAUUGUGGAAAAUGAGAACACAGACAUGGGGCUGAGAGAAUUGGCUUUUAGAUGCUGUGUACAUGAAUCCUGCCCUUUUCUGGAAAAGACCUAGAUCUGCCAGGUUCAAUAGAAGCUGGACUGGUGUCUCUGUUGCUGUGGGGCUCUUAGGGCCCGCCUGCUGGUGCACCACUAUUUUCAUAGGUUUGUCAGAGCAACUUCCCUGGCGAUCUUGGGAGAACAUAUCUGACUCCUCAAGCCUGUUGCCGCUCUGUGGGUGCUAGGGGUGAUGGGAGCUUGUUGUUGGGUACCCCUCCUGAUUGGGGGGGUAGGCAUUUGCUUGGGAGAAGAAAAGAUUCUUGCAAUAUCAAGUAUAAGCCUGUGGCAGAAUUACUACUGUAAAUAGAUUUUUAAAGGUGGAUUUUGUUUAAAAAAUCUGAAUGAACAAGUCUGUCAGGUGUUACACUGACAAGGGAUGUCAAAAUCGAGCUCAGCUCACUGGGGACCUGCCACUGUCACUGCCAGAGUCGGACUCCCGGGAGCUGCCCCAGGGACAGUCCUGCCACCCACCACCUCUCCGGCCCACGGCCACUCAGGGCAGCAUCCCCAGCCUUCCAGGGACAACGCUGUGCCAUCCCUUCUGGGCAUGACCAGACACACCCUAUGAUGUUGAUUCUUUCUGUGUUUUAUAAAGAUAGAGUGUAGUUUACAGGGGAAAAAAAAAAAAGGAAAACAUUUUUAAAAUGUUGUCUACAUAUAGAACUGUAGAUGAUAAAAAUGAUGUAUUUUUUUCAUCUUUUUUUUUGUUAACCAAUUUACAAUAAAAUUGUUGAUGGUCAUCCAAA